UCAAUGGUUCAGACAGUCAUGUCUAUUUAGUUCAAACAAUUUGAACGUCGAAGAAUGCCUCCUGAUGAGAAGUGAACUUUUUUAAUGAGUACCAGACGGAAGUUCUCGCUUAACCCUCUUUCGGUAGAAUAAAUAAUCGAAGCAUUUUAAUGAGUAAUGUGUGGAGAAAACCCUUCUUUUCUUAAACGUUUGGUUAUAACCUGACGAAGAAGCCCAUGGAUACAGGUGAAAAGGGGAGGAGACGGAAACAAAGUGUGCGAGCCAGCGGCUCGGUGCUAGGGUUGAAGAAUGAAAAAAUCAAAAAGGAAGAGGUGCAUGUUUUAAAAUCAUUGACUGUAGCGAAUACAGAAGACAAUGACGUUCUAAUGGAGGAUGACCGCUAUCCCGGCAGCUUUCGUAAGAGCGGGAAAUUGGAGCGUAGGGUAAUGGCACCGAGAUACAGUUUGUUGCGAGAGGUGGGACGAGGAAGCUAUGGCGUGGUGUACGAGGCCAUUGCGCGGAGGUCGGGUGCAAGGGUAGCGGUAAAGAAACUUCGCUGCGACGCUCCUGAAAAUGUCGAGCUUGCGCUCGCCGAGUUUUGGGCCUUGACAAGCCUUGAGAAGCGACAUGAGAAUGUGGUGCAGCUGGAAGAAUGCGUUUUGCAAAAGAACGGUUUGGCACAGAAAAUGAGCCAUGGGAACAAGCGAUCCAGGCAGUAUUUGCGGUUGGUGGAGACUUCACUUAAAGGUGAGAGAGUUUUGGGGUACCCUGAGGAGCCCUGCUACCUGUGGUUUGUGAUGGAGUUUUGUGAGGGCGGGGACCUCAACCAGUUCAUCCUCUCUCGCCGUCCGGACCCCCGAACCAACAAGAGCUUCAUGCUGCAGCUCACAAGUGCGGUGGCCUUCCUCCACAAGAACAACAUUGUCCACCGGGACCUUAAGCCGGACAACAUCCUGAUCUCAGAGAAGUCGGGUGCGCCCGUACUCAAGGUGGCCGACUUCGGCCUGAGCAAGGUGUGUGCGGGCCUGGGCGGGAGGGAAAAGGAAGGGGAAGACGGGAGCAAGAACGUCAAUGUCAACAAGUUCUGGCUGUCAUCGGCCUGCGGCUCGGACUUCUACAUGGCCCCCGAGGUGUGGGAGGGCCACUACACGGCAAAAGCGGACAUCUUCGCUCUGGGAAUCAUCAUAUGGGCCAUGAUCGAGAGGAUCACCUUCAUCGACGCCGAGUCCAAGCGGGAGCUCUUGGGCACGUACGUGCGGCAGGGGACCGAGAUCGUGCCAGUCGGGGAAGCGCUCUUGGAAAACCCAAAGAUGGUGCUCCACAUCCCCCAGAAACGCAGGACUUCUAUGUCUGAUGGGAUUAGAAAGCUCCUCCAGGACAUGCUGGCGGUCAACCCCCAGGACCGGCCCGACGCCUUCGAACUAGAGAACCGAAUGGACCAGGUCACAUGUGCCGCGUGAGGUUCAGAAGUUGAGUGAAUGCAUUCUUUGUUUUCCAGAUUUGUUUACGUCCAUUGCCUGAGGUUCUGCUUUUUUUUUUUGGGAGGUGGAAAAAGGGACUGAUCUUCUGAACUGUGAAACUUCCACUGUUAAAUGUGAAGAAAAAGGAAAUGGAAUAGCCUAAAUGGAGCCACUUGAGCAUACAUAGGACACAGGAAAUGGGAUAUCCUAUGCAAUGCAUUUGCACAAAGUCAGGUUUAUGUUUUCAAAUGUGCAUUUUUUUCAAAGCCUACCUAAUUAAAACUGCUUUUUGAAAUUUGUUUACCUUAUUUAGCAUAGAACUUAUUUGUACGUGGUAAUACUGGAAUAGCUAUGGAUAACCUAGGGAUUCAUUUCUGUGAUUAUGUUGAAAAUUGAGAUUUCUUUUGUUUGUGUUUGCCAUUGGAUAUUGUUUUAUUUAGGCCAAUUCAUAACAAAGUCCUCUGCUCCUAUGGGUGGGUUGGCUUUUGGAUUGAGCCAGUUUUAACCAUUCUCACCAAGGGUUCUCAGAGCAAGGCCACCUAGUCACAUUGUAUAUCGAGUCAUUGUCCCUGUAUUCAACACCUCAGGACCAAUUUUGUCAUUUUCACCAAGUUUUCUAGUCUUCCCAUGAAAUUAUCCUUUCAUGUUCUUGUUGUCGAGAAAAAAAAAAAAACACUUUGAUCAUUUCUGCUUGUAGAUCUGUGGUCUCAAAAGCCGUUACUGAAGCUCAUGUUUUUGGUGUAUUUUCCAAGUUUACAGAAGUAUGAUGCCCAAGGUAAAAUUUCUGAUUCAGUCUGUAGCUGAAAGGAAUUUAUGAAUGUGAACUGUUGAACAUACAUGUGCCAUUACCUUUAUUGUGAUUUUGGUAACAAAAGACAUUCGUAUUGAAAAUUGAAAUUAAGCAUGGCUUCUGUUUUUACCCCUCUAACCUUGGUGCCUUGGAACAUUUAUUAGUUAGAUGAGUGACUAAUUUGUCAAUUUUUGCAUGCAGUAAAUGCUCUUUUCGCCAUAUUUUGCAGUUUUUUUGUUGAAGGUGUGCAUUUAUUCCCUCAGAUGCUGUUUUUAAACAUGAGAGAUUAAGAAUGAUGAAUGAUAACUCUUGGAUGCCGUAUAAUGAUGGAUCGACCUGUAGAGAUUUAAUCUCGAUUAAUUCUUACCAAUUUUUAUGUUUAUUGAAACAAUUCCUUCCAGUUAUUCAUUCAUUGCAUUUGCCCACAGAUUACAGUACGGUACAGACUGUAAAGGGAUCCGCUAAACUGGAAUACUUAAGCUUGUUCAAAGCUAUUAUAAGUUACUAUUAAGUGUCCUGCUUGCAAGUAUGUCUAUAUGCAUAAUGGAACAUAUUCUUUUCCAAGUGGGAUGUAAAAAUGUCAAAGGCAAGCAAUCUAACUGAGUUGGGAUUCAAUCAACAUUUGUUCUUUGACUUAUAAAUACAUGCAAGUGCCAGCUCACCCUUUUUUUGGCUGGACUGAAACAGCAGGGCAAGCCCUACAAACGCGAAUGUCUGUGACUGAGUGACCGAGUGAUGAAGUUACACCAUUGGUCGGCCAGAUGAAGUAUGUUAGGUCCAGCCAUAUACUAGGUUUUGACCAGGUCUUGUUUUUUUUUUUUUUAGAAUUUUAUUUUGGUUUGAUAGCUGAACUUGCCAAAGGGUGUUUGUAAAAAGAGAAAUAAAUAAAAACACUUGCAUUUUAACUAUGAUUCCAAGUUAAAGACAAAUUUUGACUAUUGUUUCAAUACUCCAAAAAGGAAAAAAAUGCCUAAAUUGAAUUGUACAGUGUAUAUCAUAACUGGUAAUAGUAGAGUAGGUUCACUGAAGCAAGCUAAUAUCAGUUUGAAUAAAAACUGCAUGGUGUUAUAAAACGAGAGCUUGCUAUCAGAACUCUUAAUAUAGUGCUUUGGCUUGAUUUCGUCAGUCUACCCCAGUAUCUAAAGGACACAAUUAUCUCCUUUGAUUGGAUUGUACAGUAGGAUUAAGUUUAACGAGCGGAACACUCCUACUACUAGCUAUAUGGGAUCAGUUUCAGUUUGUAUGGUCUUUCUCAUGUUUGUAUUUCACUUCCAUUUAUUUAAUGGCCUGUACACAUUUGCAUCAAUGAACUGUGAUGGUGGAUUGAGCUCAUUUGUAUUUUACUGCGUAUAGCCACUAGACCUCUCACGGCAAUGCCUCAAGGAAUGUCGAGUCGAAACUUGUGAAGAUAUUUCAAAAUGUAAGCUGUUUUUCGAUUCCUAAACCUUUUUCUGCAGUUAGCCCUUAUGUGCAUUUGUUUGCAGUAGAAUUGUUUACACCCAGACUAUGUGCUGUUGAUCACACUAGGCUGAAAUGUGCUUUUGUCCUGCAUCACAGCUCAGAACUAUGUGAUUUGCACUUUGAAUGGACAUGCGUAUUCUUCAGGACCACAGACACGGAUCACUCCAAUCAAACCACAGAUAUUGUUAUACCUCCCUGUUAUGUAACACUACUAACUUAACAGUACUACAUGCAUGUCAUUUAUCUAUUUGUAAUGAUACCUCAGGUUGGAGCAGUUGGAAGUUUUGGCUUCUUUUUCUCCAGAGUGACUGGUAGAUGUAAUGCUAUUAAAAAUGUCUUUCAAUCCUUCCGGUCGCUUCUCCAGCUUGCCUCGCAUGCCCUGCUAUCCCAACAUGCCUUGUGGCCACAAGAAAUUGCAUUGAAAAUGAAUGAAGGCGAUGUAGUCACCUGACAAAUUUGCUUCUCGUUAGAGGGUGUGUGGCUUCACCCUUACACCAAAAGUGGCACUCCUGCAAGGCGCGAUUCUUUUGCUUCGACUACCAAGUCUUCCAUAACUAAUUUUCUUUAUCGUGUUAUGUUCCAGCUUGGAUAGGUAGCUAGCUAAACAAGCUGAAAACCUUUUUACCCAAAUUGCUAACUAGCCAGAGUUACGUUCUACUUCCCAACUCCAUAGCCAACAGUUUUUAGCAGAUAACUGGCUCAGUUGACUUACUUAACUAGAUACUUGGGUAGCUAGUUCAACACUCUGUUAACUACUUAGUACAUUGGAACAUCAUUUCAUAACACUGUUGGCUAGAUUUGCAGUGGUUGCUGAUAGUUUUAUUGCAGCCAGUUAAAUGUUCUAGAUCUGGCAAUAAUUACAGAAUUUGCUGUACAGGCUUCUACACACACAUGUGCACAUAACCACCUUGCAAAUGCAUUUAGAUGGCUAUCUGCAAGGUCUGUUUUUUUUUUGUUGUUUUUUUCCCCCAACUUGCAUACUGUACAGAAAGCCAAUGAAAUCCAAAGUGGAUCCCCUCGGACUCAAAAUGAGACACCAGAAGGGAACGCCCACCUUAGGAAGUUGUCAUUUUCAGUGCCAGCAACGCAUACCUGCGACACUGCGCAGAAAAAUGCUUUUGGUGUAAAUCCGGCAUAAGCCUUGAGACAUGAUUCUGAUUAUUCCUUAUCUGGUACUACCUCAUGGACCAUGCUCCUCACAAGAUUUACUUUGCUUAAGCUAUCGAGUGUACUUCAGGUAUUACAUAUUGGCUGAGGAUAGAGGGGGCAGAGAUUUAGAGGGAACCACAAUCCUGUUGUGCUAAUUUGAUUAAUGCAGCUGUAAUGAAAGUAUCAGACUGGUAAUGGGGUUCGGUUUCAGAUGGGUCAAACUCAACAGACCAGUAUUUUCUGAAGUUCCUUCUGUAGUUAUGAACCUGACGGUGCUGGUUCACAGUUGCAUUGAACAGAUCUGAAAGACUGGAUUUGAAGUCAGUGGACAGAACUCUAUCUAAUUCAUGGGAGCAGUGGUUUUCACUUGCUCAGUCUGACUGCCAUGUUCUCGGUCUCAAAGCUAAUUUGGUCUGUGUACAGUUUCUGUAUUUCUGUUGAUUGUUCAUGAAGCUUGGCUUUUUGAAAACAUUGCUUUGUAGGGGUGUAUUUCGUGUGGCGUAUUAAGAGUGCUGUGUUUUGGGAAGAGCUCUUUUGCAUGAAGUCUAACAGGAGCCUACAUCUGCCAUUGUAGAACCAUGAAACACAUUCUCUGUUAAUAUUUGGAGAUAUUUGUUGCUUGUUUUAGCCAUUUUGAUUUGCCAUGGGUAACAUUUAGUUCAUCAUUCAACUUUUAAGGAUAAACUCAUUCUAAUGGCCACCUGUUUUCCCAAGCCUCUUUCCAGUUUAUUGUGCUCUUUAGUGCAUUUGCAUAUAUACCUCAUAAUUCAGACUUUAGUGCUCACGAUUCUUUUCCAAUUAAGACCGAGAAAUGUCUAGCAUGGGCUUCCUAUUGUGUGUCUUUUACCGAAAGGAUCGGUGCAGAUUUGGCCUGUAGCGUCUGCUUGUUUAAUGAUGAAUCUCUACUGUGAGUGAGUUGAGGUUGAGCGAUUCUGCUCUUUGUGAUUUAUGUGGAAAUUAUUCAGGUGGGACUCCGCAAAUGCAUUUACUGUUCCUAUUUACUUUUCAGUUUAUGUUCACCAACUGAAAGCUUACUUAGAGCUCAAAACCCUUGCGUCACAGUCUUGUCCUUCCCGACCUUGUAGGUUUUGUCUGUUGCAUGACCACUAAAGUGUGUGUAAAGUACGUGCUUUAAAAUGGCUCUCUCCCGAUGUUUUGUGAAUUCCCCAUUGCUGCUGGUAUUUUUACGUCAGUUUUAGCAACGGUCUGAAAGGUGAAAUGCGUUUGACUAGCACAGCACUCUCUGGUGUCAUUUCCUGUUCUGCAGGACGCACCAGUGACCUCUGACCUCUGGCACAGUAUUGGGUUUUCUCUUGCUCCAUGUGGAAAAUUAACUUGACAAACUCCUAUGCAACCUCCUCUCACUGGAAAAACACUGUGCAAAGCUUUUUUUAAUACUCAAGCUUGUACGCUUCUGAUCAGCUUCACUUGGUUUGGAGGAGCACAGUAUAUUACAAUGUAAUGUGACAUUCUCCUUUUAAAAGUCUAAUGUUAUGGACAGUUUUGGCUGAAGAACUGGAGCCAAAAUGUGUUGGUGAUCAAUUUUGUUGUUUUUGUGUUUGUUUUCUUUCUCCUGUGUAAAUAAGUUGACUUCUGUUUGUCUUAAUAAAUGAUCAGAAAUUAAA